GCAACACCGCGUAGAGUGCGUUGAGCGAACAGACGGGAGGAGGCAGAACCGAGCUGACAUAGACAAGAAACGUCCACGUUUGACAGUUUGCCAAUGUUUGAUUACUAACAAACAACGCAUAACAGCAAUAAUAAACGCAAUUCUUCUCUAUCUUCAUGCCUUGCGGCUUCAGUCCGCAUGCUCUGUGUGCGUCGAAGGGGAGGAUGCGCGGCUGAAGACUUCAGUCCGGAUGACAAGGCGCGGAGAGACUGAAGAAUCCGCAUCCUGAGCAUCCCGACAGACAAUCACAGCGAUGAUGGAGGGGCGACACGAGUUUUUAUGCGGUGUUGUUGAGGGUUUCUACGGGAGACCCUGGUCAAUGGAACAAAGGAAGGUGCUAUUUCAGUGGAUGCAGAUGUGGAGUUUGAACACAUAUCUGUAUGGUCCUAAAGAUGAUUUGAAGCACAGGUUACUGUGGAGGGAGGUUUACUCAGCAGAGGAAGAGGCUCAGUUGAAAGCUUUGGUGUGUGAGGCAGAGUCGAGGGGUUUGACAUUUGUAUACGCUCUUUCUCCGGGUCAGGACAUCGUCUUCUCCAGCUCUUGUGACCUCACACUGCUUAAACGCAAACUCAGACAAGUGUCAGACCUGGGCUGUCAGGCUUUUGCCCUCCUAUUUGAUGACAUUGAUCACUCCAUGUGCCAGUCAGAUACAGAGGCCUUUUCCUCAUUCGCUCACGCCCAGGUUACCGUGGCCAAUGAGAUCUUCCGUUUCCUGGGGGAACCACCUGUCUUCCUAUUCUGUCCCACUGAGUACUGUAGUUCUCUGUGCACUCCUAGCGUGUCAAAGUCUCCCUACCUGCUGACAGUUGGGGAGGAUCUUCUCCCUGGCAUCUCUGUCAUCUGGACCGGAAAUAAGGUGAUAUCAAGGGAACUGAGUCCUGAAUCACUAGCUGAGGUCCAGGCGGUGCUUCGAAGGCCACCCCUCAUUUGGGACAACCUUCAUGCUAAUGAUUAUGACUCCCGACGUGUCUUCCUGGGGCCUUUUAAGGGCCGCCCCCCUGGACUCAGGGCCCAUCUGAGGGGUCUGCUGCUAAAUCCCUGUGAAUUUGAAGCCAAUUUCAUCCCUCUGCAUACCCUGGGAAGCUGGUAUAAAGAAGUAAAGGAGGAGGGGAAAGGUGAUGAAGAAGCCUAUAGUGUGGAUAGAGCGUUGUCAUCUGCCUUGCAAGACUGGAUGAAGGAGCUCAGCCUUCCACUGCAGCCUGGACGUCAACUGAGGCCAACAGACCUCAAGCCCUUAACGCUCUCUGUUAAAUCAAAGUCCUCCGAUAGCUCAGACAAUCAACGUGGAGCCCAGCCCAAACGUCCCAUAACCUCUUCCCGGAGCACAGGGGCUCUCGCUAGCGAUGAAAUCCCAGCAGACCCUCUUAUGAGCCAGGAUCUGAAAGCUGGGGAGAACCAGGUCUCCAGGAGCUUCAGCCAUGAAAAGAUCUCUAGAAGGGGAUUGUGUUCUGGGAGGGUUCCUCUCAGCGAGGCCCAGGUCCAGUUGCUUGUAGGCCUUUACUACCUGCCUCAUGAACAUGGACCACCUGCUCAGAAUCUGCUGCAGGACCUCACAUGGCUCAAAGCCAACUGUCACUGCGUCAGUGUCAAUGGCAAUGGCAAGAAGGCCUCGCCACAGAAGAGGGAAUGGCGGGACCGUGCGGGCCGUUUCCUGGCUGCGUGUGAUGAUGUGGCUUUACUGCACGGUGCUGUUGUGACCAGCAUCAAUAGGGCUGUUCUCUACGACCUACCCUACAUCUGGGACUUGAGAAACACCCUGCUGGUGGCCAAGGCUUUCAUCUGCUGGCUAGAGGGGCGUAUACUGAGUGAAGGUUCUCCACUAGGCUCCUGGAAGAACUGCUUCCACUGGUGUGGGGCUUCUUCAGGGGCGGAGCUUCAUGGCGUGGAGGCGGAGCCAUGGGUGUUUAAAGGAGGACUAUCUGGAGAGGUGCAGAUGCUUCUGCCUGUGGGGACCAGCAGUGAGUUGUUCAGUCACCCUCCCCCUCUGUUCCCACCCUCUCGACUUUAUAAUAUACGGCCAUUCCAGCAAAAAGACAAGGUGGAGCUGUACCGAAUGGUGCGUCAGUUGCAUCAGAGGGGUAAAGGGGGCCAGGAUGCUGUCAUCUCCCAUCCAGAUUUCAUUGGGGACAGGUGUCUGGGUGCGUCUCUGGCCUUGUGCCCAGAGUACAGCUUGGUUCUGGAGGAUGAACUGGGUGUAUGUGGAUGCGCUGUGGGUAUUCUGGAUGUCCACUCCUUUGCCAAACGAUGUCAGGCCUCCUGGCUACCUGCUAUGAGGGACAAAUAUCCUUCACGCCCCCAUGGAGCGAGUGGACAUACUGCAACAAAGGAGGCGCUGCUGUAUUUCCAUGAAGAACAGGACUAUCCAGACUCCCUGCUGUAUCAUUUCCCAUCUCAGCUCAGGCUUGAAGCUCUUCCAGAACUGGUGGAUUGUAGCGUCAGUCGUAGCCUCCUUACAGCCCUGCUAACGGCCCUCAAAGCUAACGGUUCACAGGGUGUAUUUUGCGAGGUCCAGCCUACAGAUGGAUUACGGAUGGAAUUUUUGACAAAGCUGGGAUUUCUGGAAAUCCUCCGUGGAGAAGCACGGCCUAGAGAAGGUGUAGUUUUGGGGGAGGCUGUUAUAAGCAAAUAUCCAAAACACACAGGAUCCGGCUGAAAGAAAAUCAGAUUUCAAAUCAACAUGUUGCCAUGUUGGAGGCUGGAGCUGUGGUUAUAGUUGUGCUUAGAAAAAUGGUUGGGCUUAAAAAGUGCUUUGGUGAAGCAUUAAGGUCUAUUCCCCCCAAAAAAUUAAUAAAAUUAAACAAAAUGCAUUUUGCCAUGCCAAAAUCAAAUCCAAGAUCC